AAACUAUAGAAAAAGGAUGAAUAUAGACUGCAUCACAGAAAAGAUGGAUAUCAAUAAAGAAAGAAGAUAUGAGAAUUUGAAAAGUACUAAUACAAGGAAAGAGUAUCUUGAAGUUGCUUUACCUGAUUCAUUUCAGAGCAUGGGUGGAUCACUAAAUUGUAUAGGAAUAGUUCAAUUUGAUAGCUAUACAGAAAUGGUCAGACGAGAUAGUUGUAUAUCAGAAUACCAUUUGCUACAAGAUUCAUCAACGCAUUGUUUCAAGUAUCCAUUAUAUUCAACAAUAGUCCAUACGAGAGUCCUGAACAGAAUUCAUUUUCGUGAUCGAGUAGCCUUAGACAUUUCUUCAAAUAUUCUAUCAACAUAA